AUGUCCCUCACUCCGAGAUUGGCGCGGAUUGCCUUCGGCCGCAAUUGUCCAAGCACAUUGCACAUAUCACGCCCCUUUACACGUCAACCUCUGCGGCUAGCUACAUUCAUCAACCCUGCGCUUACACAUCGCAGGCCAUUACACGACUCGCCCACCUCUUCCACAAAACCAACUAAUCCAGAUCCUCGGGAAAAUCCAGCCCAUGAUCUUGCGCCACACGCCGACGUGAACGUCGGCCAGAGUCGGCUCGCCGAUUUUGACUUGAAGGGAAGGGUCUUCGUCGUGACGGGUGCCGCAAGAGGUCUCGGCCUUGCCCUCGCCGAAAGCCUCGUCGAGGCCGGUGGAAAAGUCUAUUGUCUAGAUCGUGAAGAUCAGCCCGACAAGCACUGGGCGGAAGCGAGUAAGAGAGUGAUGCCUGAGUGGGGAGGAUCUAUGCAUUAUCGUCAGCAAGACGUUCUGGACACUACCAAUCUGGAUAGGACGAUAGCGGAAAUCGCAGACGCUAAUCGGCGUCUCGACGGCGUAAUCGCCGCGGCUGGUGUUCAGCAGAUCAUGCCGGCCCUGGACUAUGGACCGGCCGACGCUACUAGAGUCAUGUCUAUCAACUUCACCGGUGCGUUGAUGACCGCGACGGCCGCCGCUCGCCAGAUGAUCAAGUAUAAGUGCCACGGCAGCAUAUGUUUGAUCGCCUCGAUGAGCGGUUGCGUAGCGAACAAGGGCCUCCUGUCGUCGGUCUACAACUCAUCCAAGGCCGCGCUGAUCCAACUCUCGCGCAACCUGGCCAUGGAGUGGAGCCCGAUCAAGCCGGACGGAACUGGCGGCAUCCGCGUCAACUGCAUCAGCCCCGGACACAUCAUGACGCCCAUGGUCGCCCAGAACUUCAGGGACGUGCCGGGUCUCAGGGUGAAGUGGGAGAGCGAGAACAUGAUGGGCCGGCUGGCGGAGACCACCGAGUUCAAGGGCGCAGCGCUUUUCCUCUUAAGCAAUGCGAGCAGCUUCAUGACCGGAGCAAAUCUUGUGAUGGACGGCGGACAUACUUCGUGGUAA